AGGAAGAAUGUAAUUUAAUACUUCAAUUGAUUAUGGAAUUAUACUGUGGUUAUUGUUGUGAUAGUGCGUUUUUAUGUGAUGUCAAUGUAAAAAAAUAUUUAUUCCAUAUAAAAUAUAUUUUUUAACCAUCAAGUACAAGUUGAAAUGGAUUAUGGAUAGUAUAUUCAUUUCUGCAAUAAAUAAGUCAUUAUCUCCAAAAACUCUGACAAAUCAACAUUGCCCUAACCUCACUUAUAAACAUGUUAAUUUAUUUAAAAUAGCAGCAUUUCUAGAUACAUUUAAAUAAAACAUUCAAAAGCUAUUGAAAAUGCCUCCUGUCAAAGACAAAUGGGUGAGACGAUUCGUCAUUACCGAGACAGAUCGUCAUAAGAAAGGCUUUACAAUUUACAAAGUGACGUCUAUUUUGCUUAUGAAAACUUCACCAGAGAUUGUCUCAAAAAUAUCAGUUUGGAAACGUUACAGCGAUUUUAGAAAAUUACAUACAGCAUUGAACAGUUUAUAUUUAAGUCUCGAAAGUAAAGAAUCGUUUCCGUCUUUUUCGAAGCCACGAUUUUUCGGUCGUUUUGAAACUGAAGUAAUAGAGGAGAGAAAAGACUGUGCACUGAGACUAUUAGCUUUCGUAGCUAAACAUUCAUCUCUUUAUUCAAGUGAUGUUUUUGUGAAAUUUUUUGAAAGCAGUCAUCUCGAUCGAUGUCUAAUUGAUUGUUCUCAGUCAAUAAGUUCUGACACCUCCGAAGAUGAUCGGGGAUCUAGAACUGACAAUCUUGAAGGAUUUCGUCGAUCUCAACAUUCACAAAGUCUCGCCAAGGGGCUCAAAAAAUUUAUUUGCACAGAUUACAAAACUGGUUUGAAAAACCAUUUGAAAGUUGAACCUUACGAUAAUAUUCAAGAAGUGAGUUCCGAAAAUGAGAGAAAUCACAAAAGUAAUAAUAAUAAAGAGAUAAUGACAGAUUGUGUCGUUUACGCUGAGGAAGCAAUUACAGAUGAGAUGACAGUAAUUCAUGAUGGUUCCGAUUUACUAAAAGGGGACAAUCUUUCUACUCAGUAUAUUUUAAUUGCAGCUGCUCAUAUGAGUGCAGCUUUUCGUCACGAGGCGAUUGCUGAAUAUGAGGAAGCUUUUACGCAGUACAAAUUAGGAAUUUCAAAUCUUAUGAAUGGAAUUCAAAAUGAUUUGGAUGUGGAGAGAAAAAACAUGAUUAAGGAAAAAGUGAGAAAAUAUUUACAGAGAGCUGAGAAACUCUAUAAUAGACAUUUGAAUUGUAACAUAUCAGUUUUAAGUAAACCUAUAAGUGAGCUGCAUAAUUAUAAAGUUCUUGGAUUUAUUCAAUCGUUAAUGCUUGUCAAAGAUACAUUACGAGGAUUGACAAGAGUAAUUAAGACAAUAGAAUUGCCUGAAGGGAACAAUGAUGAUAUUAGUAAUUACAUUCUUCGAGGAAAAGUACCCUAUAUGGUCCAAUUACAUGCUUGUAUCCAAACGGAUUCGACGGUUUUUCUAGUUUUGCAAUAUAUCAGCAAAGGAAGACUUUGGGACUUUAUAAAAUCUCAUUAUAAAAUAAGUAUUUCCACAGAUACUGUGAGAAGGAAACACAUGCGAUCGUUUAGUUGUGAUGCAAUAAUUCAUCCAAAUACGGAGAAAAAGUGCGAAAACCAAAAUAUAUUAUUAAACUUCCAAGAGGAACAAAAUUGCAAAAAAUUACAAGAGGCUAAUAAACAAUUUGAUGCAAAAAUUUAUGUUACGGAUAUCUUCAGUCAUUCUGAAAAACUAAAUAAUAUGUCAAUCUCUGCAGAUUCUAGUCACGAUGAUAUUCACACUACACAAUUGUUAUUAAAAGCGCAAACAUUACUUCAGUCCGUUAGUGCAACUUUAAGAAAGAGUAACUCAAUCGCGACUAGAUUAAAUGAUUCUCAACAGUUGCUUUAUAGUACAAAUGAAAUCACGACUUUGAAAUAUUCUACUUCUCAAAAAUUAAUUGAAGAAUCAAAGCAUAGCAAUUCUGAUUUAAAAGAUUUAAAACAUAAUUCAAUUGUAGAUUCUAAAAUACUGUCAUUAGACGAAAGCAAUUUAAAAUCCAAAAAGUCGUCAUUGAAUGAAGAAAGAGUAGAUCACAAUAUUCUAUUAUCAAGGGAUGCAUCUUUAGAUACAGCAAUAAAUAAAUCUCUUCAUUCGUCAGAUUUAGGAACUUACCAAUUUAAUGUUUUUAACAUGACAGGAGAAAGAAAAGAAAAAAAUGAAUGUAUUGUACAAUUUUUUCAAAAUAUUCAAGACAAUUUGACACCUGAACAUUUUAAUUAUAGAAAUAAAUUAGAAAAUAAAGCCGGCAAUGAUAAUCUCUACGGUGGGGAAGAAAUUUUAUGGAAAAUUUCCGAUGAAGUAUUGCAAUUGUGGUCGGCGCAAAUUUUAGUCGCUUUAGAAUCACUUCAUCAGCAAGAUACAAUCGUUGCAGAUUUAAGACCUGAAAAUAUUUUAAUUAGUGAUGAAGGAAAUACAAUAAUGUGUUACAUUCCACCUAGACGAAAUUUUAAUAUAGCAAAAUUUAAGGAACCCUAUUCUUCUCCUGAAUUGUGUGCUUUUGCACCUCCAUUACUUCCAACAACUGCUGUUGAUGUCUGGAGUUUUGGAGUUUUGCUUUAUGAAUUGUUUACUGGCUUAAAAUUCCAAUCGAAACAUUCCGGAGAAUUUCAUUCACAUUCUUCUGUUAACAUUCCCGAUGGAUUAAUGGAAAACGCCAAAUCACUUUUACUUAGCAUUCUUAAAUAUGAACCAAAUGAAAGAUUAACAAUUCCGGAAAUAAAACGUCAUCCUUAUUUUGCAGACGUCGAUUGGCUGAAACUUUUGAAUACUUAAUUUUUAUUAAGUUAUUAAGUAUUAUUUUGUUAAUAAGUCACACAGGGAGAAACUUUUCAUACCACUAUUUCAUAAAACUGGUCUCAAAUUUGAGUACGUCACUGUUUCAGUGUGAGGAAAAGUGACUCCUUGACCGUUUGAUAUAAAUGAACUGUAUAUUAGACAGCUGUGAUUUUGUAGCGGAGAAAUUAAAAUUGAGCUUUAAGUAUUUCGGUUUAAAAAACACUUUUCUGAAUGUAAGCGUUAAUAAAUGAAUAAAUAACACUGGGUUAUAAAAAACGGUUGAUGUAGUGUUUACUUAAAAAAUUUUGUGUUUAUUAAAACUUUAGGUGUAUGACUGAAUAAGAAUAUAACAAAAUUUUUUUCAUUCGGUCUAAAUCAGCGAUAAGUAUGUCACUGAUUCCAAUUAGCGUAUAUGCGCCGUGAAUUAGUGAAAUUACACUGAUUAAUUAGCGCAUAAACGCUGAUUGAAAUGAGUGGUAUACUUAUCGCUGAGAAUCAGUGAAACGCUGAUUCAGAUUUGGAGAGUACAAUAUGUGUACAAGGUCAAGGAGCUGCCAAGCUAACAAUAUAUUACUUUAACUUUGAAAGGCGUUUUUCUCAAAACUGUGUUAUAUGUAAUUAUAUGUAAUUGAACUUCCAUUUCAAGUUUCGGCCCUGUUUACAGCUGUUGCAUUAUUUAAAUGUGAAAAAAAUAAUAAAAAGUGUUCUAAAUUAUUAUAUGUUAUAUAAAAAUUAAGUACAAUGAUUAAAAAAGUAUUGAAGUAGAUUUUAAUGAAAAAAGUUAAGGACGGAGCACA